CGUUUCUCUCGCUUAUUUCUUUUUCCCCAUUUCAUGGGGAGGCCAUCCGCUCCUAUAGCGGCCGUCUUCUUCUCCUUCUUUGCUGACCUCCCGGCAUUUUUGCAUGCACGCGCAGGCUCUUUUUUCACGGGCUCUGUUUCUCUGCUACGCAGGCGCUCGAGUUCUUUCUUCUUGCUCGACUUCACUCUCGUGCUUUUCUUUUUCCUCUUUCUUCUGCAAGCUCCACCUCUGCAUGCGCCUUUCGUCUCCCGCCUCUCUCGCCGUCCUGCGUUUUCGCCCUCUCUGCAUCUUUUUCUUCCAAGUUCUCCCCAGCAAAAGUUGUUUUCCCCGCUUCUCCGUGACGCCUUUUUCGUCUGUUUUCACCUUUCUUUUGCGUCCCCCCGUCUCGUCGUUUCCCUCGUCUUUUUCUCCGCGGAUGCCGCAGAGAGAAGAGACCCCGCUGCUCGCGAGAGUCUCUGCUCCCCUUUCUGAACGAGAGGAGCUUGUCUCCCUGGUCGUGUGCCUCCCUGCUUCUCUGCAUCUUCUCUCGGCGAACAGUCUUCUUCUUCUGUCCGUUGGUCGCUCCUCUUCGCGCAGGAACUUCCUCCUUCGAGGGAACAACAGAGAAGGAGGCGAGAAGAGGACAGCGUUUCAGGAGAGAAGGGAGAAGAGGACAGGCACGAACAAGCGGGGAAAAAACGAAGAGAGUUUACGAGAAAAAAGAGCGACACCCGAGGUCGAGAGCCAACACCAAGUGAAGGCUCUCUUCGUCGGUGCAUCUCUUCCUUUUUGUCCGCGUCCUUUCUGGUCCCUCCGUUCUCUUUCUCUCCACAUCUGAGAAACGUUUUCUCUCUUCUUCUUCUGUUUUGACUUGUCUCUUUCGCCUUCGCCGCCGCUCUCAGCUUCUCUCUCCUUCGGUAUCUCCCCAAGAUAGCCUUUUUCCUUGGUUUGGCGGAGUGUCUCCUUUCUCCCCUUUCCUCUCCAAGAUGUCUGCGUCUCUGUUGGAGCAUCUGCGUGCGUCUCACGAGGAGGUGGAGCGAGUGGAAAAAGCAGCUGCUCAGCUGCUUUUGCUUCAAGACCAGAGAUGCGGCACUGCGCCUUCUUCUUCCUCCUCCUCUUCUUCUUCUGUGUUGAAGGGUGAGAAGCGAAAGCGCGAGAAGCUGCGUCUCGACUGGGCCGUCGCAGACAUGCUGAGUCGGAUGCAAGAGAGUGCACAGAAGUGCCUGGAGAUCUACGGAGACGGCGACAACUUGCGAAAAGACGAAAUCGGUUUUCUCGGCGGACAGCGCGAGGGCGGCGGUGGCAACGAUGUGUGGGUGAACUUCUACGAACGGAUCAGACAGAUUCGAGAGUUUCACAGAAAACGAGCAAUGACAGCAGCUGCACAGGGAACCGACUUGAGUGUCGCACCCGAAAUGAAGGAUCCGCAAGCUCUCGUCGAGGAGGCAAAUCAGACUCCCUAUUUGGAUGGCGUUUUCGACGAAGCGGAGCAGUGGGGUGAGAUGCUGAAUUUGCACAACAGCUUCACCACGUUCAUCAACUGGAAACCACUGAGAACUUACAAAGUCAACGAGGCCAGAAAAGCAGAGACGGCGCGCCUGAUGAAGCGCGGCUUGACGGAGGAGGUCGCGGAGCGUCUGAAGGACAGCCGCUUCGAGGAAGACUUGGUCGACUACAUUUCUUACUUGAAGACCUUCCACGUAUUUACCUCCAUUCCUCGCGCCCUCAAGUAUCGGUCCUCAGACUACCUCGCGUACCUCAAUGGAAUUGUCGCGUAUCUCCAAGACUUCUUCCGCCGACGCAACCCCCUUGCAGACCACGAUCAGGUGCGGCAGAAGUUCUCCGAGCAAUUCGAGGAACAGUGGGGGCGCAAGGAAGUACCUGGCUGGCAGACGCCGACGAUGGAGCUGCCUCUCUACUGCAGACCGACAGACAAAGUCUUCCUUUCAGAAGGCCCCCGCGAGUCGCACAUGCAGGGGAAGAAGUACAAGAAGGCGCUUAUCGAGUUCACCAAGCUGUCUCACGAGGAGCAGGAAAAGCAGGCAGAAGCAUCGCAGGCGCACGACAAGGAACUGGCUGAAGCUGAAUUUCUUGUCAAUGCGUACAAGGAAAUUCUUGAGGAUGUCGUGGAGCGCACUGUGGCAUUCCACCACAAGAAGCAGUCACGGACGGCAGAAGAGUUGGAGGAAGAAAAUCGAAUUAGUGAUGACGAGGAUGACCAGCAAGCUGCAAAGGCUGUCGGCGACGCAGAGCGCGACAGCGAAGAUGAAGAAGACGACCAACCAAUCUACAAUCCUCUCAAUCUCCCUCUGGGGUUCGACGGCCGUCCGAUUCCAUUUUGGCUGUACAAGCUGCACGGUCUGGGCCAAGAAUUCAAAUGCGAAAUUUGCGGCAACUUCUCUUACUGGGGAAGACGAGCUUUCGAGCGUCACUUCAUGGAGUGGAGACAUGCGUUCGGCAUGCGCUGCCUCCGCAUCCCGAAUACGACUCACUUCAAGGAGAUCACAAAGAUCGAGGACGCUAUCAAGCUGUACGAGAAAUUGAAGAAGGAUGCAGAAGGGAAGACCUUCAAAGACGAGCAGGAACUCGAGUGCGAGGACUCGCAGGGAAACGUGAUGAAUCUUCGCGCCUUCGAAGAUCUCCGCAGACAGGGACUGCUUUGAGUUUUUCCAAGUUCAGGCCGUCGUGCUCGUUUUGUUGUCGCGCGCCUUCCCUGUUGCUGUCCCCUCAUCUCGUUCGUUCGGCGUCUGCUCUUCUGACCUUGUUUUCGGACCUUCUCCUUCUCGCUGGCCCAGAUACGCGCGCGUCUCUGCAAAAGAAACGCCGGAGGAGUGCCCUGGUCCUCAGAAUGUUGCGACGCCCACUGUGUCGGCGAAAGAGGCGAAGAGGACGCGCCUCGUCACUGGCAAAGGACGGCUGGAAGAGAGAACAAGAAACGUCGAGAGAGGAAAGCAGAAAGGAAAGGAGAGAGGCGAAGAAGUGCAUGCAGCAGAGGUGGAGGAAAAGCGGCUGUCUUCCGGUGUGCGGUUGAGCGCAGAAACUCGUGCCGCCGCGUUUGGUGUCUGUACACUCGAGUUUGGGUUUGAGGAAAAUCUCCACGAAUAACAAAACUUCGCUUGAAAUUGUCACUCGAACUGUGAAAGGUUCUUCCCAGCAAACCUGCUCACGUCUGUGUCCAUGCCGAAUUUAUUUCGCCUUCUCUCUCCUCCACUGUGGGACCCUCGAAUCUUUUUUAUUUUUUCUGGUCGUCAACUCACUUUUUCUUGUUUCCCCCCUCUCUGAUCUCCUACUUUCUGCCCUCCAAAUCUCUUCUUUCUCCUCUGCCGGCCUGUCUUUGUUUUCUGCUCCUUCUCUCUGCUCUCUCUGCCGUAUGUACACCGCAUUGCUCUGAAACUCGAGCUGCUCGCUAAACACGGCGAGGCCAAGACAGCAGAGACGUUGUCGUGGAGAAAGGAGCUUCGCGCGAGUUGGAGCUCUGAGACUUCUCCAGACUUGGUCGCAGAAAUCGUCGGCUUCUUCCAGCUUCAUCUCUUCUACUCACGCGGGACUCACGCGUCUAUUAGUAGUGAUGUUGAGAGUUGCUUGGAUUGAAGUGUCUCCGUUUCUGAAGACAGAGGAGCUUCUGCUCGUAUGACUUUUUUUCGCGAGUGCAUGCAGUCGUCACCUCUUCCACCGUCACUGCUUUCGAGGAAUAUCUAUAUUCAAGGACGCAUACGUAUAUCCAAAUCUGUGUGCAACUUCUCCUGUAGAGAAGGGUGUCUAUACAGUCGUUUUUCCCUAUCUGAAACAACGUACAUCUGUGCUCGGCUUCUUAAUGUAAAUUAAAUGUAAAUUAUAUACAAUAUAUAUAUAUAUAUAUAUAUGUAUAUAUAUGUGUAUGCAUAGGUUCGGAUGUGCAAGUCGACAUGAAUAUCUAGUCGC